UCCUCACAGAGGGUCAUUCCUCUCCCAAACAAUAAAGUGUCUUCCUUAAUGAGAAGAGACACACCCACCAGCUCUUCUCCAUAAAAGCCCCAAGUUCCCAAAGACACCAACCAAAGUGAUCUAGAGAAGAAGUAGAGACACAUCCACCAACUCAUCUGCAUAGAACCUUUGGAUCCCAGAGGGAGAGUGAAGAGCCACCGACAGAUCCCGUUCCAGCUAAAGAACAUCUCUUCCAAUCACUCAGAGAUCCUGGAACAACAGUUUACAGGCCUGUUUUUUCAAAGUGGAACCAUGAUUGGCCUGUGGAUCUUCCUCACCCUCUGUCUCAAUGGGGUGAUUAGCCAGUUCCCAAGAGUUUGCACCACAGACAUAGCUUUGCAGACCAAAAACUGCUGCCCAAGAUGGACAGAUGGAACCCCUUGUGGCUUCCGCUCAGGUCGUGGUCGGUGCCGUAAUGGAGUGGCAUUUAGUUCAUUAGCAGCUGGUCAGGUUCCCCUGUAUAACGAUGAUCGGUGGGACUGGCCACGAUACUAUUAUGAUAGUACCUGUGAGUGCUUUGGAAACUACGGUGGCUUUGAUUGUGGAGAUUGCAAACAUGGUUACUUUGGAGACAGAUGUGAACGAAGAAAAACCUUGGUUCGAAGAGAGAUCCGGGAACUUUCCUUGGUAGACAGGAAAAGGUUCUUCAGUUACUUGGCUCUUGCUAAGACAACCAAAAGCAAGGACUUUGUGGUGCUCACCACUGGAGACAGACACCACCGUGACACAUUUCGGUUUGUGGAUGCUUCAGUCUAUGAUGUGUUUGCUUGGUUGCAUUACUACUCUAUGAAGCCAAUCAUGGUGAACAGCACAUUCAAUGAAGCCAAAAACUUUGCCCACCAAGGCCCUGUCUUUACAGGUUGGCAUCGUGUAUCACUCAUGUUUUUGGAGAGAGAAAUUCAGCGAUUGACUGGAGAUGAAGACUUUACAUUUCCAUAUUAUGAUUGGAGGGGAGAGAGGAAUUGCUCCAUCUGUACCAAUGAUUUUAUGGGGGAUAAUGAUGUACAAGGGAGACUGGACCCAUAUUCCCAUUUCUCCAACUGGAGGGGAAUGUGUAGUGGGUACGAUUACCCAGAUGCUUAUUGCCCAGUGGUUGAGGAACAUCAAAUGGAAACAUUGCUGAGGAAGCCUGGCACUGACCCCGUGUCCAACAGGCUCCCCUCAGUCCAAGAUGUAGAGGACACACUCCAGUGGAGAGACUUGGACACCCCUCCAUUUAAUGAGACAGCCAGAAGAAGCUUCCGCAAUGCAUUAGAAGGGUUUCUGAGGCCAUCAGACGGGGAAACCUUAGAGAGGAAUAUGCACAACCUGGUCCAUAUGUAUUUAGGAGGAACCAUGUCCCGUGUGCCCAUCUCCAGUAAUGACCCGAUCUUUAUUUUACACCACAGCUUCAUUGACAAAAUAUUUGAUAAAUGGAUCCAGAAGUACAAUAUUUCUCCAAGUUUGUACCCUCCAAACAACGAACCUGGACAAGGCCCCAAUGACUGCUGCACUCCUUUCUUUCCCUGCAUUAGAAACAAAGAUCUCCUUUGGAAAACCACCCUGUUUGGAUAUAGAUAUACUUAUUUUAAGAACUUUUAACUGGGAUAGCAACAAGCCCUUAUGAUUGGAGAGUCCCACUACUCCAACAGAUCUCAGUCUUUUUUUCUUAUGAUCUCCAGUCCGUCAUCUGAUCUUAAGCCUGAAACCAUCUUCUGUUUUCAUGGGCACCAACUCUUCCUAUGAUCUCAUUGUGGAACCAUCUUCUGUCCCCAUGGACACCAACCCUUCCUCUAAUCUCAGUGUGGAACCAUCUUCUGUUUUCAUGGGCACUAACUCUUCCUCAGAUCUCAUUGUGGAACCAUCUUCUGUCCCCACGGACACCAACCCUUCCUCUGAUCUCAGUGUGGAACCAUCUUCUGUUUUCAUGGGCACUAACUCUUCCUCUGAUCUUAUUGUGGAACCAUCUUCUGCCCUUAUGGGUACUAACCCUUCCUCUUCUGGUAUAUUUCUUCUGAUAUAAUAAACACCAGUCCAUCUGAAACUUUCUUCUGAUAUAAUAAACACCUAUUAUUUAUCUAA